CCCCCUCCUCUUUCUCCGGUUCCCUUUGCUGCAAGAGCAGCCGGUGCAUGGGCAGUGCACGGGCACCGGCAGGAGCACGUUGCUGCUGCUGCUGCUGCUGUUGCUGCUGCUGCUGCACCCCCCGCCAAGGCCGACCCGCGCCGCCUCCGCCGUUGCCGGCGGGACCGACCGCACUCGCCCCGCAACACCCCGCCGGAGCGGAGGAUGAGCCGGCAGUCCCGGCACGAAGCGCGGCACGCCGCCACCGAACCCGGCCCGCCGCGGCGCUGAGGAUCGCCGGCCGCCCCGAGGAGCCCCGUCGGUGUCCCGCCGUGCCCGUCGUGGGCAGCGAGCGGGUGGGUGGGUGCCCCCGGCAUGGACGGCCGUGACUUCGCACCUCCACCGCCGCGGCUUCUGUCAGAGAGAGGCAGCCUGGGCCACCGUCACGGCACGGGGCGUGUGGCGGGUUCGGCACACAGUGCCGUGCAGCCCCCUGGACACUUCCAGCCCACCAAGUACUUCCCCGCGCCUAUCUCCAUGGCCACGCACACAGGUCUGUGGGAGUGUGACCCCCGUGUUGGCCCAGCGAGAUUCCAGUGCCUGAACAAGGAAGCGCUUUCUGGGGGAACAAGGAGGCCGUUAUGCGCGAAGCCGGCGCAGCGGCGGCGGUGCCGUGGUGCGGCGACGGCGGGGAAAGCCAGCAGCAGCCUGAUGGGCAGUGCACCCACCUCCUCCUUCAUGGGGGGCUUCCUGAGUGGCAGCCUGGGCUCGGGGGCACCCAGCCACCCCACUGGCCCCACUGCCUCUCCCCCGGAGCCAGCAUUCCGUGGGCCUCACUCCAGCACCUCCCAGAUCUGGUUCUCGCACUCCCAUGAAGCCCCGGGGUACCCCCGCUUCUCUGGAAGCCUGGCCUCCACCUUCCUGCCCAUGAGCCACCUGGACCAUCACAGCAACAGCAACGUCCUCUAUGGCCAGCACCGCUUCUACGAGAGCCAAAAAGAUAACUUCUACCUGCGCAACCUGCCUGCCCAACCCGCCCUGCUUCCCACCAGCCACAGCUUCCCUGGCAUUGCCCGUGCCGCUCCUGGGCCCCCCACUGGCUCCUGCAGCCGGGAACGAGAGGCUGGAUCCUUGCCCAAGACCCCCAAGGACUAUGACCGCUUCUUGGCGGGCAAAGAGAAGGUGGGCAAGGGAGACCCCAAGGAGCGGCCGCCUGAGGAGGACCCAAAGGAGCGACACAAGGUGGUUCUGCCAGUGCCACCAGAAGGGCACUGCAAAGAGGGGCUGCCCACACGAGGGGCUGGUGAUGGCCGCCCCAAGCACCUCGCCUCCUGCCUGCUGGGUGCCAAGGGGCUGGAUGGCGAUGCAAGCCGUGCCGUGCUGCCCAGCUGUGCCGGCAGUGCCAUGCCCCGUGCCGGCCGCUGCAGUGCCAAGGAGCCAUGUCGGGGCGAGCGGGAGCCAGGUGCUCCCGAGAUGCCCCAGCCUUACAGCGAGUGUGUGGAGCGACGGCAGAUGCUGCACCAUGCUGUUUCCUACGCGGUGCCCACCGGACCGGCCACGCUCGGCCCCACUGCUGGCUCCUUCCCCUGCCUGCAGCUGCAUGCUGGCCCCGAGAUGCUGUGCCCACUGCCGGAGCCAGCUGGCCGAGAGCUGAAGCUGAGCGGUGCCACGCUGGUGCCCUCGGUGGGGCACCUCACAGACAAGAGUCGCUCUUUCCAGGUGACGGCAGAGGCUGGUGGCCUCGAGCGUGCUGAGGCCAAGGAGCGGCACGCCGAGGUGGGCACAGAGCCCCCAGUCAGUUAUGGUGGCCCUUUCCACCACCCGCUGAAGGCAGAGGGUUCUGCUGAGCGGCGACUGGACUGGGGGGGUCCCAGUGCCCGGCUGAAGGGGCUGGAGUACCUCGGUGGGGGAGCAGCCGAGGGACCACCCUUUGCGAGCCGGGGUCCAGCACCCAAGGGUGCUCUGGAGAAGGGCUACUUCGAGGUCCCACCACCGCCCGACUGCUCCCGUGCUGCCCGCCCUGACCCUUUGAGUGUCCGGGUUGGCCCCUCCUGCUGCACUUUAGAGAAAGGCCCCCCCAAGGACCCUCCCUCUGGACCAGCUACCCAAAAGGUGGCACGAAUUCGGCACCAGCAGCACCCCGAGACAGAGGCAGCUGGUGCUGGCCCUGAGGGCAAGCGCAAGCCGCUGGAGCUGAGUACCCUGGGCUAUGGUGGGCCCCACUUGCCCCCUUGGGGCGUGCAGGGCCAGGGACCCCCACUUGGUGUGGCAGAGGAGAGGAAGGGACCCUACUUGGACCCCUUCAGCACGAGUCUGCAGCCAGCUGCGUUGAUGACUCAGGGCCCAGUGCUGGGUCAGGAGGUGCCAGCUGCCCCGGAUGAGGUUUCGGCCAUGAAGAAUCUGCUGAAAUACAGCAACCAGGCGCUGCUCGGGGGGCAGAAGGGCCCCCCCUUCGUCGGGCUGGGGGGCGUCAAGGGCAGCUGUGCCCACCAAGAUGCCAAAUUCCCCCCGGGGAAGGGGCAGCCAGAGCUGGAGCGACCAGAUUGUGCCCGUGGCCGGGAGCAUGAUGGGCUGGCCACUGGUGAAGGUGAAGUGCGGCAGCCACCUAUUGGCAUCGCUGUGGCUGUGGCACGGCAGAAGGACACGCUGGGACGACCUGACACAUCCUAUGGCAGCGGUGGCACUGGGCGGCAGGGCCGGGCAGCUGCCAGCAUCAAAGCGGGCACUGCACGGCCCAUGCACCUCAUCGACCUGGAAGCAGAGGAGGAGCGGGGCCGGCUCUGUGAGGAGCGCCUGGGGCUGGCAGGGCGAGAGCUCCUUCUCCAGGACAACAAGGACCUGGUGGAGUUUGCCCGAAUGCAUCCGUCUGGGGGAUGUCCUGGAGAGCUAACGCCCCACCUGAUGAUAGCUGGAGGCUCAUCACUCCCCACAGGGCAGCUUGGUGGUGACCCUGCCACCCAUGCCCACCCAGCACACACGCACUGGCUGCCCCGCACCCGCAGCCCCUCCAUCUGGAUGGGGGGACACUCCUAUGGCAUUGGCCACCCUGCGCUGCACCAGAACCUGCCACCUGCCUUCCCCACCUCCAUGCCCAGCACCAUGCAGCCUGUCUUCCCCCUCUCCCAGGACCCCCCAGCCCAGCUCGUCAUUCUACCCACUGAGCCCCCAGCCCACGGCACCCCCCACACGUUGGCCGAUGUGAUGGACCAGGCAUCGUUGUGGCCCCCAAUGUACCCGGGCCGAGGCCCCAGCACCCACCUGCAGCACACAGGGCAGCUGCCUGUGUACUCACGCUCACAGUUCCUGCGGCAGCAGGAGCUCUAUGCCCUGCAGCAGCAGCAGCGAGCAGCACAGGCCCUCGAGAUCCAACGCCAGGCGCAUGUCCAGCGGAAGCCGGAGGAGCAGCCUCUGGAUCUGGAGGAUGGGGGUCCUGAGAAGCCCCUCAAACCCUCUCACAAAGCAGUUGCCUUAAACCCUCCAACCAAGGGCCUGUCCUCAGCAGCCCCCGGGCCCCCCAAGCUGUCCCCUUGCUGCCACUCUCCGGCCCUGCGGCACCCAGCCAAGUGCCCUGUGACCCUCCCUGCGGCCCCCUGCACUUUACCCGUCUGCCCCACCACCAGCUCUGCCGUCGCCCCCCGCUCCCCGGCUGACAGCCCUCUGCCCGUCCAGAGCAAGGGCAGCGACGCCGAGGACAAGCGCGGAGAGGGGCAAGUGCCCCGCAACUACCCCAAAUCCCUGGAACCAGACCUGCCCCCCGGUUACAGCUACCCUGCUGCUGGCAUGGGCUUCUCUGAGGCGCACUCGGCCGAGCCAGCUGACCCCGACACUAUGCACGCUGGCUCGCCACCUGCUGAGCCGGAGCAGUCCCGCACCUUCAGCCCCACCAGCGAGGUUCUGCAGGAGUCAGGCCCCCCGCAGGAGCUGCCAGCCAGUGGGGCAGCGGCUGAGGGUCCUGGAGUGCUGCUUCAUCACCACCACCUCCUCCUAACCCCGGGACCCCUCUGUGGAGAGCGGGGAUCAGCACCGACUGAGGGGGCUACUGAGGAGCCCUUUGGGGUGUGCCCAGACACGGCUCAGGGAGCACCGGAGCAGAGCUCACCAGAGCAGCAACACCUGGUGCCCAUGGGGACCUCCCCACUGCCCGCCACUGCUGAGGAAGAGGAAGAAGAGGAUGAAGAGGAGGAGGAGGAGGAGGAAGAAGAGGAGGAGGAGGAGGAAGGUGACAGUGAUGGCUCAGAGCCGGAGGGCAGCUGUGAUGAGGAGGAUGGUGAAGAUUCCAAUGGGCGACAGGGCUGCUUGGGCGGGCUGGAGGCUCUGAUUGCUGCUGGCAUUGACCUGGGUGAGCUGCCAGCACUGGGCUCACCUGAGGAGCCCCCUCCAGCCCCCCCCUCGCCUGCCCCCCAUGCCUCAGGGAUCCCUGGCAUCGCCCUGCUCAGCGAGCUGGCCGACCUGGAGCUGCGCCGGCGCCGCUGUGACCUGGCCCUGGGAGGGGAGGACGAGGACCUGCUGGCCUUCAACCUACAGAACCUGGCCACGGUGGCAGCCGCCUGGUCACUGGUGGAGGCAGCCAGCCGGGAGGGCAGCCCCCCUGCGCUCAGCCCCCUGCCCACCUCCCCACCACCCCGCACUCGCAUCCCCCGCCGCAAGUACACCUGGACGCCCAAAACCAAGGCCGUUUGCCCCUUGAAGGCAGCCAUCGAGCAGCUCAACACACAGGAGGUGGAGGUGCGGAUGCGGCUGGCAGAGCUCCAGCGCCGCUACAAGGAGAAGCAGCGGGAGCUGGUGAAGCUGCAGAGGCGGCAUGACCAUGAGCGUGACGAGAGCUCCCGGAGCCCGGCACGGCGCGGCCCAGGGCGGCCAAGGAAGCGCAAGCACUCCAGCACGCUGGGCAGGGCCGAGAGCCGCAAGGUCAAGGCAGUGAAGACCAGCCUGUCCCUGCUGUGUGCUGAGCUGCGAGGGGACCCCGAGCCCAAGAAGAAGAGAAGCAAACUGGCUGAGGCGACAUUUGGCUCCCCAGAGAAGGUGCGGUGCAAGAAGAGCAGCUCACCGGGCAAGCUGGCCUGCAAGGUGGCUCACAAGGUGAAGAGCAAAGGGCUGCCCACUGGCAUCAGCCCCUUCCGCCGGAAAGACCCCAACCCUGGUGGCCGCAUCCAGAAGAAACUCUCCCGACCCAAGAGCUCCAAGGCUACCAAGUACCAGCCACAAGACCCUGAUCCCCGGCAGUCAGCAGGGUUCAAAGGCAAGGCUGGCUUGGCGAUGGGAUCUGGGAUCCAGCAUGGGGAUAGAGAUGAGCAUGAUGGAGACACUGACAGCGAGGAUGGUGACGAUGAGCCAGGCUUGUCCCUGCCACCCUCAGUGCCUGUGGCCGUGCUGGGACCCUCCCCAUCCUCUGUGGUGAAGAUGGAGGCCAAUGAAAAGGCGAAGAAGAAGAAAGAAAGGCAGGGGCUGCUAGCAGGACCUUGCCUUCUGGGUAGCCCCGAAGGCGAGGUGAAGAUCAAGCAGCGGCCAGUGAAGCCGGGGGCUGGCAAGCUGGAGAAGGUGCCAGUGCGGCGGAAGGCAGGUGGCUGCGAGGAGGGUGGCAAGAAGAAGUUGAAGGCCAAGGCUAAGGACAGCCCCCGGCCGUCAACCACCGGCGGUCCCAGUGCACUGGCCCCUGCCAGCAGCCUCUUUGCCGGGACUGAGCCACGGCACUUCGCAGCGAGGGAUGAGGGGGCUCGUCUGGCCAGCGAGAGACUGAAGAAGGCAACACGCAAGAGCAAGGUGCUGCAGUCAGCCCUGAGGCGGAAAACCGGAGCACUGUCACUGUCCCUCUCCCCCCGGAGCGCCAAGACCAUCCUGAGCAAGGGCAAGAAGCUGGCCAAGGUCAAAAGCAAAGUGGCCACCAAGCAGUGCAAGGGCCGGGCAGUCAGCAAGCUGCUGGAGAGUUUCACCGUGGAGGACGACUUCGACUUUGAUGACAACAGCAGCUUCUCCGAGGAGGAGGAGGAAGAAGGGGCCUGCCUGGCAGGAGGGCUGCGAGGGGGUCGCUGCUCCCCUCUGCCCCAUGCCUGUGCCAUCCAGAAGGAAGAUCUGCGGGAUGGGCUCCACAUCCUCAUCCCCAAAGAGGACAGCCUGCUCUAUGCUGGCAGUGUCCGCACCAUCCAGCCCCCCGACAUCUACAGCAUCAUCAUUGAGGGUGAGCGGGGGAACCGGCAGCGCAUCUACUCGCAGGAGCAGCUGCUACAGGAGGCGGUCCUCGACAUCCGGCCUCAGUCUCGACGCAGCCUCCCGCCGGGCACCCGCGUUUGUGCCUACUGGAGUCAGAAAUCCCGGUGCCUCUACCCAGGGAACGUGGUGCAAGGCUCCUCCAGCGACGAGGAGGAGGAUGACCCUGAGGCGGUGAUGGUGGAAUUUGACGACGGCGAUACAGGGCACAUCGCUGUCUCCAACAUUCGCCUGCUGCCCCCUGACUUCAAGAUCCAGUGCACCGAGCCAUCUCCUGCGCUGCUGGUCUCCAGCUCAUGCCGGAGGACGAAGCGGUCGUGUGGUGAGGGACCCCCUGCCGGCGAGCUGCCCCCCAGCCUCUGCCCGGACCGCCACGAUGGCCCUGAGCCCCCCAAGAGCUUGGGCAAGAAGGCAGCCAGCAAGGAGAAAAGUGGCAAAGCUGUGGAGAUGCUAUCGGGCGGCAAAGCGCCGCUGCUGAGCGACCCCUUCGUGAGCCGGAGGGGUGGGCAGCUGCUCAGCUGGUCAGCGGUGGCACAGACAAAGCGGAAGGCAUCGAGCAAAGGCACAGCCAUGCUGCAGAACCUCUUCCAGGUCAAUGGCAAUGCCAAGAAACUGCGGACCAAGGAGACCAUCUUCCCCGUGCACCACCAUCACCACCACCACCUCGCUGCCCCUGUCUUUGGCAAUGGGUUCGGGGCCGACUCCUUCAGCCGCAUCGCCAGCUCCUAUGCCUCGUUUGGAGCUGGGGCCGGGCUGGUGCUCCCAGCAGCCCAGAAGCUCCUGCGCUCCAAAAAGGCUGAGCGGAUGGAGGCAGAAAUGGGCAAGAGCGGCCGGAGGAAGACAGGCAGCGAGUACCUGGUCAAGCUGGACCAUGAAGGGGUGACGUCCCCCAAGAACAAGAACUGCAAGGCUCUGCUUCUGGCUGAAAAGGACUUUGGGGCCAAGCUGGAGCGACCGCUGGCCAGCCACAGCUAUGCGCAUGCAGCACUGGCAGGCAAAGAUAGGAAGGGGCGGGCACCUGUGCACCAGCUGCCCGUGGGGCUGGCGCUGCGGAAAUACUCAGGCCAAGCUGAGUUCACCCUGAACUGUGACAGCGACUGCCACAGCUCCUACUCAGACAUGGACGAGGACGAGGAGGCAGGCGGGCUGGGCGCUGAUGUGUCCUCGCGCUUCAUGACCCGUCUCUCAGUGUCCUCCUCUUCCUCGGGUUCUUCCACCUCCUCCAGCUCCGGCUCCAUUUCCACCUCCAGCCUCUGCUCCUCCGACAAUGAGGAUUCCUCCUACAGCUCCGAGGACGAGGAUUCCACGUUGCUGCUCCAGACCUGCCUCUCCCACCCGGUGCCGGCGCUGCUGGCGCAGCCGGAGGCUCUGCGCUCCAAGAGCGGCACACCGCAGCGGUGCUUCCUCACCAAGGCCACCGCUGCUGGCCCUAAGGCCAAGCUCAAGCGCAAGGAAGCCCUCAGCUUCUCCAAAGCCAAAGAGUUCUCCCGGAGGCAGCGCCUGCCCUCGGUGGAAAACCGGCCAAAGAUCUCUGCAUUCCUGCCCGCGCGCCAGCUCUGGAGGUGGUCAGGGAACCCCACGCAGCGUCGGGGCAUGAAGGGCAAGGCACGGAAGCUGUUCUACAAGGCCAUCGUGCGGGGCAAGGAGACUCUGCGCAUUGGGGACUGCGCCGUCUUCCUCUCUGCCGGGCGGCCCAACCUGCCCUAUAUUGGCCGCAUCGAGAGCAUGUGGGAGUCCUGGGGCAGCAACAUGGUGGUCAAAGUCAAGUGGUUCUACCACCCUGAAGAGACCAAGCUGGGCAAGCGGCAGAGUGAUGGCAAGAAUGCCCUGUACCAGUCAUGCCAUGAGGAUGAGAAUGAUGUGCAGACCAUCUCCCACAAGUGCCAGGUGGUGGGACGGGAGCACUAUGAGCAGAUGACUCGCAACAAGAAGUACCAGGACCGGCAGGACCUCUACUACCUGGCAGGCACCUAUGACCCCACCACAGGCCGGCUGGUGACUGUCGACGGGGUGCCCAUCCUCUGCUGACCCCCCCAUUACCCACCCACCCUGGGCACAGGGAGGGAGGCACUGGGGAUGGUCUGCACCCCCCUACUCCACUGUGGGGCUCCUUCCUGGCUAUUAUGCAAAGCCCUGGAGUGUCCAGGGAUGGGGUAAAUGGGGCGGGGGGCAACAUCAUCAUCAUCACGGGGGGCGCAGGGGCAGGGGGGGAGGGGGCUCCCCUACAAGCCAUACUUUCCCUAGUACCUCUGACUGUUUGCCAGCAGGUAAAGCAGAAAUCAGGUGUGUUGUUCUAUUUAUUUUGCCUGUAAAUAUUGUAUUUCUUCCGGGAAGUUUUAUGGAAAAACAGAGAAACCAACCAAAAAAAACCCACAAAAAACAAACAAACAAACAAAAAAAAAACCCAACCCAACAAACCCAACAC